CAAAAGCAAAUUUUGUGUCAGAACUCAGAACCCUCCUACUUUCCUCUUCUAUCUCUCUACGGAUUGGGUGCUUCCCCGCGAAACCCUCUUUAUCUUCCACAUACCCAAAAUGGCUUGAUCGGACUCCACAAUUCGCCGCCCUCGAUCGCCGACUCCACCCUCCAAUUCCAUCGCCACCUACUGCUGAUUAUACUGCUAACCUGCCAUGGAAGAUACCGAUUCAGUUGCUACACUCUUGGAGUCUACAAACUCCAAAAUACAACAACUUCAGAAAGCAUUUGCAGAGCUAGAAAGCCACCGAGCUGUAACCCUAAACCUGAAAUGGAAACAAAUUGAAGAACAUUUCCAUGGGCUUGAGAAGUCCUUGAAGAGGCGCUUCACUGAGCUUGAAGACCAAGAAAAGGAAUUCGAAAUGAAAACAGUUAAAGCCCAACAAGUUCUGGAAAAGCGUCGUGCUGCUGUUAUGGCUAAAGAAGAAGCUUCAUUGGGGAGGCUUCAAGAGAAGAGAGAUGUUGCAGUCAAUGCCAUUGCUAAUGUCUUAGGGAAACACAAAAAUGGACACGUGGAAUCUUCAACUGUUAACAACGAAGACCAAGGUGGUGCUGAUCAGAAUCCACCUGAAAGUGAAGAAGAUGAUAUGAAAAGGUUAUUUGAAAAUGGUGAUGUGAAGCUGCUAUCGAAUCCCCAACUUGCUAAGUUAUGCGAAGAGAUGGAUGCAGGAGGCCUCCACAAAUUCAUAUCCGAUAAUCGCAAGAAUCUUGCUUCCAUAAAGGAGGAGAUUCCAAUUGCAUUGAAGGCUGCAGGUGACCCUGGUGGUUUGGUUUUGGAUUCACUUUAUGGGUUCUACAUUUCAGAGGGGUCAAACUCAAACCUAGAUGGGAAAAAAGAUGCAAAUCUUUUAGGUUUGAGGCGAACAUGCAUCAUGUUGAUGGAAUGUCUUAGCAUUCUGCUUGUGAAUCUCGAUGCUAACACUGUUUCUAAGGUGAUCUCUGAAGAUGUGAAGAACAGAGCAAAGAUUAUCGCACAAGAAUGGAAACCCAAAUUAGAUGAUCUUGAUCUGGAUGCAAGUAAUGGGAAUUCAUUGGAGGCUCAUGCUUUCUUGCAACUUGUUGCUACUUUCGGUAUUGAUUCUGAUUUUGUUAAUGAAGAUUUAUCCAAGUUAAUACCAAUGGUCUCUCGCCGCCACCAGACUGCUGAUCUUUGUCGCUUCCUUGGGUUGUCUGACAAGAUGCCAGGUGUAAUUGAUGUGUUAGUGAAUAGCGGAAGGCAUAUCGAUGCUGUUAACCUAUCAUUUGCAUUUGAACUCACCCACCAGUUUUCUCCUGUUUCUUUACUGAAAUCCUACUUGGCAGAGGCAAUCAAAACUCCUUCCACUGUCAAAUCAGGAAAUUCUUCUCCCACCCCUCAGAAUGAUGUGAGUGAAAGAGAACUAUCUGCUCUAAAGGCAGUUACCAAAUGCAUUGAAGAACACAAGCUUGAAGAGGAGUACCCUCUGGACCCACUUCAAAAACGGAUUGCUGAGCUGGAAAAAGCCAAGGCAGACAAGAAACGUGCAACAGAAGUAGUGAAACCUCAAUCCAAGAGACCCCGUGCCAAUGGUGUAGCAGCAGCAGCAGUAGCGGGAUACGGGCCACGUAACACCGCCGACAAAAACUUCUAUGCCGCCAGGUAUGCACCGCCAACACAGUACAUGUAUGACAGCAGACCACAGUAUGCUUAUGCUGGACCACCACCACCGGAAAACCAUGUUCACUCUUUUAUGGGUACACCUGCUUACAAUUUGGCUCCUAACCAUGGGACCUACUUUGGGAAUGCUUACCAGUAUCAAGCUCCUUAUCUUCACUAAAGCUUGUAAGAAGAAACUUUACUUAUCAUCGUCUUUUAACUUCUAGGUCUUAUUAACCCUUUUGAGUUUUUCGUAUGAAGAACUCAAUUUGGAAAAAAAAAAACAUGAAAAGCCCGAAGAAAAAAGAAUAUAUAUAAUAUAAUAUAUAUAUAUUAGCCCACCUGUUGAUUUCUGAAUUUGUUUGUAUAAGUUGACACUGUAAUCGUUUAAUACAUGUAUUAUCGAUGUUGUUAACUUAGUAUGUCUUUGGAUGAUUAUUGUGUCUCAAAUUUAUAACUUUGUUUAAUUGUUUUA